GGGAAAGCUUGUGUUUGCACCUCAGGUGAAGUUGGGAUGGAGCUGGUGCACUGCUUCCCAGCGCUUCUGGGAGGCCGAGCCCGGGGAGCGAGCAGCGGCACCCAGGAGAGUGGGGGCGGGCGGCGGGUGGGUAUCCCGCCCUUACUUGGAAUUUCACUCCCCCGCUGCGACCGCCUUGAGAAAUGGGGUCUGUGGAUGUGGGCCGCCGCGUGAAGGUGGCCGUGUGUGACCGACGCAGCCAUAGAACCUCUCGUUCACUUAGUCCGAUACCUUUCGAGCACCUACUAAGUGCGGUGUUGUUCUAGGUUCCAGGGAUGCAGCUGUGAAUCAGACAGACCCAAGACACUUUCAGCCUAAUGAGAAAGUCGUAUGUUAAGUUCGAUCGUUACUCUCUCCCGCACCACAACUUUAAUGAUGCGCUGUUGUGUUUAGGCUGAAGGCGAACCUUCGUAACGUUCGGAAGGCCUUGCAUGUCGAGUGUAUUGCAGCUUCUUCACUCUUGUCUGGCAGCACACUUCCCCUUAGCUCUGAUACAGCCUCUUUGGCCAUUUUACUUCUAGGACAUGUUCUUUCAGCAAAGAUUCCCCCUUGACCUAGUUAAUUCCUCUACUUAAAUGUCCCUCGACUAGGGCAACUCACCCUGGUUUCUGUGGCACAGCCUACCUCUUUAGGUUUUUCAGACCACUUUAUGCCUCUUUCCUAGCACUUGACAAAAUUGUAACCUCACAGUUGUUAAAAGAGAGAAACUGAGGCCCAAACUGAGAUUCCUCUGAGUGUAUAGGGGCAUUCACAAAGGUCACUGACCAAUGUGAAAUGCAUCCAAGAACAGAUGGAAAUAAUGUAGAGACAGAUAAUCAUAAAAUCGCAGCUUCCCUCUGGGACAGGACAACUGUAUAGCCAUGAGGUCGUUUGAAGUUUAUCUUCUGCAAAGAGUUUGACUUUAGGCAAUUUCAGGUGAAUGGAGGCCACAGAAACGAAUGUGGCCUGAUGUCAGCUAAUCUCAGAAAGGAGGGCUUGAUUUCAAUCAGUCAUGUUUAGAUUAGCUGAUAGUUAAUUUCCUACUCCGUUUCCUCCUCUUUUUAAAAAUGUCAUUGUAAGUAGCCUGCACUGAGCCAUUUGUUUUUUAGAAACAUAAUCGUCUCCCUGUAUGCAUACAGAAUAACCGCUCAAAUAAACCCUAUAUACUUUAACUUAUUUGUGCUUUGGAUGUAUUUUUUAACAGUUAUUUCAGUACAAGUUAUAGGAGAGCAAGAAUUUUUUUCCUUCAGUGUUUGAACCCCUAGUGCCAACCACAUUGCCUGUCACAAUAUGCAUCAAAAAAUACUUACUGAAUGAAGAGGUAAAUAAAUUUGUAAUUCCAGUGUGACAUACUUGGUAUAAGGAAAGGGAAAACAUGCCCAGCACAUGUGAUUUAAUUUGGAUCCUCCUGGAUAUUAGAUAUUACUUUCAAAUUGAGGUCUGAAGGGUGAGCAGGAGUUGUUUAAAAAGGGGCAUUUAGUAAAUGAUUGCUGCUGCUGUUAUUGGCAGGUUUGUUGGUUCAAAGGAAAGCCUUUCAUUAGGCUGGGCUCACUCUUGGUUCUCUUUGCCUCUUCAGCCCCUGCCCUUCUCUGAAAGGGAGCCCGGAUGACAGCAGCUAUGACCCUGAAAACCCGGCACCAGGAGGUGGUGACCUUUGAAGACGUGGCUGUGCACUUCUCUCGGACAGAGUGGGCUGGCCUUUCUCCCACACAGAGGGCUCUGUACAGAAAUGUGAUGCUGGAGAAUUAUGGGAACUUGACUUUCCUGGGAUACCCAGUUCCCAAGCCUUCUCUGAUCUCACUUCUGGAGGGAGGGGAUUUCCCUUGGGGCCUGGAGACACAGGAUGAUCUACCUGCAGAGCAGACCAGAGACAUCUGUAAAGACGCUGAAAUCAACAUUGACAAUGAGUCCACAUCAACACAGGGAAUCUCUGGAGAGAAAGACAUGAUAUCAUGUGGGCUGCAGAAGAGUGUUCCUCAGGGAACUGACCUUCCGGAAACAUGUGAAGUGGAGAGGCAUCAGGAAAUCCCCACAGUGAAAAGUAUUAGAGGAAAGUUUGGGAGAAUCCACUGUGCAGGGAAACCCUUCAGAUGUGACGAGUGCGGGAGAUGCUUCAGCUCUUUUUCUUACUAUGUUAGACACCAGAGAGUCCACACUGGGGAGAAACCCUAUCCGUGUGAAGAAUGUGGGAAAUCCUUUAAUGAGAGUUCUUCAUUAAUUCGUCAUCAGAGAAUCCACACCGGAGAGAAACCUUAUCAGUGUGAGGAGUGCGGGAGAGCCUUUAAUAAUAGUGCAAGUCUGAUCAGGCAUCAGAGAAUCCACAGUGGGGACAGACCCUAUCACUGUAAAGAGUGUGGAAAUGGCUUCCCCAGUAGUUCUGAGUUGGUUAGACAUCAGCGAAUCCACACGGGGGAGAAACCCUAUAAGUGUAAUGAGUGUGGAAAAGCUUUCACUGUUAAAUCAACAUUAAGUCGGCAUCAGAGAAUCCACAGUGGAGAGAAACCCUAUGAAUGUAGCAAGUGUGGGGAAACCUUUAGGACUUCCUCCCAGCUGUGUCAUCAUGAGCAUGUGUACCCUGGAGAGAAGCCUGUGUUGGACCUUGGUUCGUUUGACCUCCCAGCAUUUUUUACUCCUUUUUCAUGGUAAUACUGCCCUACUCUGUUUUUUUUUAAUAUAUCUAUCACACAAGUUUUGCGAAUUCAACUUUUUACAGGUGUACAACUUAUUGACAGCAAUUAGAAUAACCAGCUGUGCAACUCUACCCUUAAUCAGUAUGAUAUUUCCAUCACCUUUAGACCAUUAGUCCCCUUUUCCCCUUCCUCCUGCCCCUGGUAACCACUAAUAAACUUUGUUGUCUAUACAAUUGC